UUUAAGAUUAGACUGAAGACUUUCCUUUUUGAUAAAUCCUACAGUUAGACUUAGGUUUCCUCAGUUAUUUCUUAGUUAUAAAAGUUUAGAAUUCUGGAGGACAAACUGACAUUUCCUCUUUCUGCUGCUGUCUUUACUCGUUCUACUCUUUAAGUUAGUAUUUAUCAUUAUUUCUAUCAUUAGCAUUUUCUUUGUCUUUCUUCCCAGAGAAAUGACACCUGGACCAGUCAUUUUAUGUUUGUUUCUUUCCUGUCCUCUGUGACCCCAGCUACUCAAGGAAAUGGUCGCCCAUCCUGGGUCUGGUUCCGGUUCUGCCGGAGGUUUCUUUUUGUGGAAAGGGAGUUUUUCCUUUCCAACGGCUUCUUUAGAUCAAUAUCUUUUACUAGUUGGGAUUUUAUAACUGCGGCUUCGUGCUGCAGGAGGGAAGGUUCUGAUUGUUGUCUGUGCUUAUGCACCAAACAUCAAUUCAGAUUACCCGGCCUUUUUGGAGCCCUUGGAUGGUGUCCUGGAAGGGGUGCUAUCUGGAGACUCCCUCGUUCAGCUGGGUGACUUCAAUGCCCAUGUAGGCAAUGACGGAGUUAUCUGGAAGGGGUUGAAUGGUCUGAAUGAUCUGAACCUGAACAGUGUUCUGUUAUUGGACUUCUGUACUAAGCAUGGGUUGUCCAUAACGAACACCAUGUUUGAGUAUAGGGUGGUUCAUAAGUGUACUUGGCACCAAGCCAUCUUAGGUCAAAGAUCGAUGAUCACUUUUGUAAUAGAGUCAUUGGACCUGAAGCUCUAUGUCUUGGACACUUUGGUGAAGAGAGGGGCAGAGCUGUCAACUGAUCACCACCUGGUGGUGAGUUGGAUCCGGUGGCAGGGGAGGCUGCCCGACAGACCUGGUAAACCCAAACGUAUAGUGAGGGUGAAGUGGGAACAUUUGGCAGAGCCCCCUUGUCUGUUCGAUCUUCAACUCCCACCUCCAGGGAGUUUUUUUUACAUUUCCCAGGGGAGCUCAGGGACAUGGAAUCCAAAAGGGUCAUGUUCAGGGCCUCCAUUGCAAAUGCAGCUUCCAGGCCUUAAGGUCAUUGGUGCCUGUUGUGACGGCAACCAAAGGACCUGCUGGUGGACACCAGUGGUGAUGGAGGCCAUCAGGCUGAAGGAAGAGGCCUUCCGGACUUGGCUUUCCCGUAAGACUCCUGAAGCAGCCGACAGGUACAGGGUGGCAAAGACGGUUGCAGCUUCCGUGGUUGCAGAUGCAAAAACUUGGGCGUGGGAGGAAUUCGGAGAGGCCAUAGAGAAGGAUUUUCGAUUGACCUUGAGGAGGUUCUGGCAAACAUUUCAACGACUCAGAAAAGCAAAGCGUUCCCUGUCCCAGGCUGUAUUUGGUUUGGGUGGGGAGCUGCUGACCAGGACUGAGGAUAUCGUUGGGCAGUGGAAGGAACACUUUGAGGAUCUCCUGAAUCCAUCCUUCAUGUCCACCUUUGAUGAGUCAGAGUCUGAAGACUCGGGGGAAGAUGAGUCCAUUACCAUGGCAGAGGUCACCAAGGUAGUCAAAAAGCUCCUUGGUGGCAGGGCGCCAGGGGUGGAGGAGAUUCGCCCUGAGAUGCUGAAGGUUCUGGAUGUUGUGGGGUUGUCAUGGUUGACACAUCUCUUCAACAUUGCAUGGAGGACUGGGACAACUCCUGUAGAGUGGCAGACCAGGGUGGUGGUUCCCAUUUUUAAAAAAGGGACCGGAGAGUGUGUUCUAACUAUUGUGGAAUCACACUUCUUGCCCUCCCUGGGGAAGUUUACUCCAGGGUGUUGGAAGGGAGGCUAUAAUAAAUUGUUGAACCUCGGAUUCAGGAGAAGCAGUGUAGCUUUUGUCCUGGGCAUGAAACAGGGGACCAGGUCUUUAUCUUUGCAGAGUUGUUAAGGGGGUCGUGGGAGUUUGCUUCUCCGGUCUACAUGUGUUUUGUGGACUUGGAGAAGACUUAUGACCGUGUUCCUCUAGGUAUUCUGUGCGGGGUGCUGCGGGAGUGUGUGGUGUCUGGGUUGCUACUAAGAGCGAACCAGUCCCUAUAUAACCAAAGCAGGAGCUGUGUUCGCAUUCUUGGCACAAAGUCGAGCUUGUUCUCAGUGCAGGUUGGACUCCGCCAGGGCUGUCCCUUCAUUCGUGUUUGUAGUGUUUGUGGACAGGAUCUCAAGGUGCAGUCGUGGAGAGGAGGGUGUCUGGAUUGAGGACCACAGGGUCUCAUCUCUGUUGUAUGCAGAUGAUGGUUCUGUUGGCGUCUUCAGUCCAAGACCUUUAGUGUGCACUGGGGCGGUUCUCAGCCGAGUGUGAAGUGGCUGGGAUGAAAGUAAGUUCCUCUAAGUCUGAGCCCGUGGUUCUUUACUGGAAAAGGGU